UGGACACUAGAGGGCGAUCCCCAGCCCUGGUGGGAGUGUAUAUAUACUGCAAGCAUAAGACCAAGUCAACCCAUUAGUAAUUGAAGGUUAAGAGCAAGGGAGAAAUUCGGACACGCUGGUGGGAGUGGGUCGCCAAGAGCAGGGUAAGCAGUGGCACAAGUUGAUUAAAGUGAGAGGGGAAGUCAGGGCGGCUCGCGGCUGACACUCAAGAUCCGCAGGCAGAGGCGCCAGGGGGUGUUGGGUCCCUGGGCUCGGAGAGCUUCACUCGGCCGCCUGGGUCCCCUUCGCCACCCCAAACCCUGGAUUCCAGGAGCCCUUCACCAUGCCUGGCAGAGUUUAGAUACUCCAUGGAGCAAGCCAACUUCUACGAGGUCGAUUCCCGGCCGCCGAUGAGCAGCAGCAGCAGCCACCUCCCGACUCCGCAGCCCGGCAGCGCCUACAGCUACAGAGAGGCUCCCUCGGCGGCUACACCUGCUGCGGGAGGCGCGGAGCUGAGCGACAUCUGCGAGAACGAGAACUCCAUCGACAUCAGCGCCUACAUCGACCCGGCCGCCUUCAACGACGAGUUCCUGGCCGACCUCUUCCAGCACAGUAAGCAGCAGGAGAAAGCCAAGGCCAUCCUGGCCGGAGAUUUCGACUUCCACAGCAUGCACGGGGCCAGCGCCGCCGCCUUGGGGCAGGGGCACCAGCCGCCGCAGCAGCACCACCCCCAGCAGCUCUUCGGCUGCAUGGCCGGCUACACGGACAGCAAGCUGGACCCCCUGUACGAGCGCAUCGCUGCCCCCGGCUUGCGGCCCCUGGUGAUUAAACAGGAGCCGCGGGAGGAAGCGGAGGGCAAGCAGGCGGCUCUGGCUUCCCUCUACCCGCACCUCCCCCAGCAGCAGCACCCGUCCCAUCUCCAGUACCAGAUCGCCCACUGCGCGCAGACCACCAUGCACCUCCAACCGGGGCACCCCACGCCGCCGCCCACCCCGGUGCCCAGCCCGCACCACCCGCACCACCCGAGCAGCCUGCCCGCCGCCACCGGCGCCCUCAAGAUGUUGCCCGCGGAUCAUCGGGGCAAGACGAAAAAGUCCGUGGACAAGAGCAGCAGCGAGUACCGGGUGCGCCGGGAGCGCAACAACAUCGCGGUGCGCAAGAGCCGGGACAAGGCCAAGCAGCGCAACGCGGAGACUCAGCAGAAGGUGAUGGAGCUCACCAAUGACAAUGACCGGCUGCGCAAGCGGGUGGAGCAGCUCACCAGGGAGCUGGAGACACUCAGGGGCAUCUUCAGACAGCUGCCGGAGAGCUCCUUGGUCAAGGCCAUGGGCAACUGCGCGUGAGACCCCCCCUCCCCACCGCCCGCCCCUCUCCAAACAAACUCGGACUUUUGCAAACUCUUGGUGCCAUAUUCAGAUCCCUGCCGGGGUCGAGAGCUGCGGUUCAGCUUGUCUCAUGGGGUGGGGUUGGUUUUUAAUUAUUGACAGAUAAAAGAAUCCAGGCAGCUGUAGUAUUAAACGGUCCGUGCCUUAGGAACGACACGAAUAAGCUGAAAAGAGUGUGCUUUGAAAAGAAAAAGAAAAAGAAAACGCCCACGUGUCUACAGGGUAAAGACAACCCACGCUGUGCCUUAAAAGUUGGUUUCAAAAGCUCUGUGGGCUUUCUGUUCACAUCAGCCUGGCAGCUGAGCAAACGGGUAGGGGUCCUGCGCUCUUGGUGGGGUUGGGGCAUAAUUGGUACUGGCUGGGGAAACGUGUGUGUCUUCCUCCGUAGGGGGGUGUGAUUGGUGGGGGUCACAGGAAGCUCUGGCAGGAAGAAAAGUGGGUGAGACAUUACAAGCAACUUGGGGAGAAUGUAUAUGCCUGUUGUUUAGCUCGUUGAUCAGUAGGUGAGUGAAAGCUGAGUGCAAUCCAGACUCUGUCCCUGUCAGUGCUGCUGCCUUUCGGAUGAAUCUCUCCCAUUCCUUUGUAUGUGGGGGGAGGUUUGGUGGACUCUGGGGGCAAUGCAAACAGAUCGUUUCCCCCCCCCCUCCCUUUCCCCAUUGUUAGAGGAGACCUGUUGGACAGGAAUCCAGGACUGAAAGGGAACAGGCUACAGCACCUAGCGAAGGAGUCCUUAAUAUUCUCCUUUAACCAAAACGAAGAGCAGCGAUGCCUGUACUGUAUGUCGUGACAUGGCGAAGCACAAAACAAUAAAUACCUAUUGAUGCGAGUAUUUACUACGAACGUUCCGUGUAUCUGGCUUUGUUUGAGGAUAUUAAGCCUCUCUCCAAGUCGGUCACUUCUGUCCAAGCUGUGCCUCAUGUAAUGUGAUACCCUUCUGUGUAUACUAGCCACACUUUAUUGUAUUGUAUUGCUUAGAUCCUUGCCAUCACCACCUUCUUAUCUGGUGGCAGAGAGAUCAUGCCCUUGUGCUGCAGCAUUUUUUGGUUAUGGCUUCCUUAGGGGGCAGGAUGCCUCCUAAUAACCCCAAAGUCUCGGCCUCUGGGGUGUCUGGGAUUUGAUUACCUUGGGAGUGGGGGCUAGGUCACAUCCAGUGUCUGGGAUUUCAUUCCCUUUGGGGUGGGGGUGGGGGAACACGGUGCUGCUAGUUAACUGCAGCCCUCUGGACUCCGGAUCCUCCCAAGGGAGAGGGAAACAACAAACCAACCCACUGCUAGCGAGCACUUUUAACCAGCCGGUGCUUUUCCUUAUAACAUGAGAGAGAGAGAGAGAAUAAGAGGAGUCCAUUUCAAAUAUGGGUAAUUGGAGAAAAGUGCAAGGUGAAGGAGAGUUAAUGUUGUUUGCAAGUGUGAUAUCUGGAAAGCUAUGUUGCCUGCGUGCUUGUGUGUGUGUGUGUGAGAGAGAGAGAGAGUGUGUGUGUGUGUAUGUGUGUAUAUAGAUAUCUAUAUCGAUAUCUCUCUAUCUAAUCACCUAUCUAUACACACACACACAAUGGUGAAUUUAUGAACUCGAAAAAACUGCAUAUAAAGUUUGUCGAAAUCCUGGUUACAUUCAUAAAUAAACAGUAUAUAUUCUACCA